AUGGGCCCAACCUGUGCGCUCAAAAGAAAUCCUUGUAUUGAGCUCUCGGACAGCGCACAGAUGCCCGGAAACAUGGCCUGCAACAGUGGCCAAGGUGGAAAGUGCAUUCCAACAUUAGGCAGCGACUACUAUGCUUGCCGGUGUGGACCCCGUUGGACCAGAAGUGUGCUCCAUGAGUUAGACAAUUGUCUGGCUCUAAAGGACCAGUGCUCGUCAGUGGUUUGCAUCCGUGGUGACUGCAUCUCUUCGCCGGAUGGCACGAAAGCCUACUGCCUGUGUCCUGAAGAGGCCUUCGGUGAACGCUGUGAACAUCUGAGGGGUGAUUGGGCACAGUGGUCAUCGUGGUCCACCUGUUCUCCUGCAUGCGGACACGGAAUAUUGCGUCAGCGCGAAAGAGUUCGCAGUUGCCUUGGUGAGCAAUGUUCUGGUGGGGCAGGUGGUCGCCAGAUUGAGACCUGCAAAGGAAAUCUGCCGUGCCCAGAUGAACUGAUGAUCCUGGGUCUGGGAUUGGAGGCCCUGGCACCGCAAGAUGGGGCAUAUACCAACGCAAAACCCAACAGGGAACUUCAGCAGAAGUUCACUUACCGAAAGCGUCGUUAUCGACUCUUUACAUCACUAAUGAAGUUGUUGAUUGCCUUUUUGAUCAUCUUUGCCGUUGUAGCAGCUACGAUACUUCCCCUUUAUGUUCUUCUUUAUUAA